AUGCCUUUCAUGCAACUUCCCUGCCUGCGCUGGCAGAAGAAGAAGAGGAAGCAACAGUCACGGCCCUUGUGGGACCAUUCGGGAACCAUUUGGAAGCCCAGCAGACUCGGACAGCAGAAUUAUCACACUUUGUUGGAGGAAUGCUUGAAGAAAGGGUGCCUGUUUGAGGAUGAGCUCUUCCCAGCAGAUGUUAAGUCCAUUGGGAGAGGGCCAUUGGUCCAGAAGCUACCCCAAAAGAUACAGUGGAAGAGGCCACAUGAGCUGCACAAGACUCCAGUUUUUUAUUCGACAAACAAAAAAAGGCUUGCUUUGUGCCAAGGACUAAUAGAGGACUGCUGGUUCUUGGCGGCUGUGGAAGCAUUAACAUUUCAUCAAGACAUCUUGUUUCAAGUAGUGCCACAAAACCAAAGCUUUGAGAGGAAGAAGUAUGCUGGGAUAUUCCAUUUCAAGUUCUGGCACUUUGGCGAAUGGGUUGACGUCGUCGUUGAUGACCGGCUGCCGGUAAAUGAAGCGGGUCAGCUUGUUUUCCUCUCUUCUGUUUUUAAGAACCUGUUCUGGGGAGCUCUUCUGGAAAAGGCUUACGCCAAGCUGUAUGGUUCCUAUGAAGACCUACAGAUUGGGCAGGUGUCAGAAGCUCUGGUGGACUUCACGGGAGGAGUUAACAUGACCAUCAAGCUGGCUGAAGCUCCGCCUGAUCUCUGGGACAUCUUGACAAGAGCAACCUACAGCAGAUCUCUGAUGGGUUGCCAGACGCAUGCAGGGGUGAGAGUCCUGGAAAAUGGAUUAGUGGCUGGCCAUGCCUACACAGUGACUGGCAUUCGAAAAGUGACUUGCAAGCAUGGACCUGAAAAUUUAGUAAGACUGAGAAAUCCCUGGGGGAAAGUUGAGUGGAAAGGUGCCUGGAGCGACAGCUCUGAAAAAUGGGAGCUGCUCAGCCCAAAGGAGAAGAUUUUGCUCCGAAGAAAUUCUGAUGACGGAGAGUUCUGGAUAUCUCUGCAAGAUUUUAAAACCCAUUUUGUGGAUCUGAUGAUCUGUAAAUUAACUCCUGAUCUUAUGAGUCAGGAAGAUGGGAAGAAGUGGAUGUGCUCUAUGCAGUUUGGCAGAUGGGUCAAAGGAAGCACAGCAGGCGGCAGAACGAAGGGCCACAAAGGGACAUUUUGGAUGAAUCCCCAAUACUUGCUGAAAGUUCUGCAAGGCAACAGCAGCAAUAGGUCCUUGUACUCAUGCAGUGUAUUGGUGUCUCUGAUCCAAAAACACAACAGCAAACACCGGAAUCAGAUGCCUCAUCUCCACAUAGGCCUCUCUAUCUAUAAGGCAAACAAGUACUAUGACAGUAAUAAAAAACUGCCUCCUGCCUUCUUUGCCUGGAACAAGACUUUGAACUGGUCGGUCUUUGUGAAUGACCGCGAGGUGACUCAGGAUUUCCGGCUGCCCCCUGGGGUGUACGUCAUCGUCCCCUCCACCUCAGAACCUCACCAAGAAUCAGAGUUCCUCUUGCGGGUCUUCUCCAGGAAGCACAGCCUUCAUGAAUUGGGCAGAGAUUCAAGCUACGUCCUUUCAAAGGAAAUAGUCGACAAACAUGAAGACUGGGAAGAUUUCUUUGCUAAGUACUUUGUGGAAUAUCCUGAAAUAACUGCAGUCCAGCUGCAGAGGAUUCUGAACAAUGUGGCAUGGACAAGUCUUCAGAACUCCCCCUCAGGGCUGAGAUUUAGCUUGGAUGCCUGCCGGUGUAUUCUGGCCCUCCUAGAUCUUAACAGUACUGGCACCCUAAGCAUUCAAGAAUUCAGAUUGCUGUGGAAGAAGCUGCUUCUUUAUCAGGAUGUUUUCCAGAAAAAGGAUGUCCACCAAACAGGGACCUUGGAUCAAGCAGAGUUGCGUGAAGCUGUGCAAGAAAUAGGAAUCUCCCUCAGCGAUGAACUCUGUAAACUGUUGGCAAUCCGACAUGGGAACCCUAGCCUGAAAAUCACCUUUGAGAGCUUUGCCUGCUUCAUGCUGCGUGUGGAACUCAUGAUGGAGGCAUUUCAUAAUAUGAGUAAAGAUGGCAAAGGGAUAUAUCUUCGAGAGUCUGAGUGGAUGAUGAUGACUCUCUAUUCAUGAAGGAAAGCAAGGAGAAGAGUUGAAAGAAACUACCUGGAAUUUCAUACGGACAUGAGGGAGCAUUUGCUUUUCAACUUUCUGCAUAGAGUGGCCAACAUUUUGAGGCCAGCCUUUCCAUUCUUAUAGACU